CCUUGCUCAAGCAGGAAGCCUUAUAUAUCAUUCCAGACUAAAGGGUUGGGUUGGGUUGGCUACCAAGAAUGGAAAACGGCCUGAGCCAAUUCAAGAGACCACUGGUGAUGGGGACGCCAUGAUUUUGGCCCCUCCCGGUUGAGGUUCUGGGUGGUGGGGUUGCCUCAUGUCUCACUCCUGGAGGAAGAGGGGGAAGACGUGACCUCACAAGAGGCUGUGACAGCAGUGUGAAGUAGCAGCUCACCAAAUUUGAUGGCCACCACUGGAAGCUCUCAAGAACAUCCAGCUCCACCCUUAACAGCUGAAAGGAAGACCAACUGGCGGAUUGUCUCUAUGCCGCUACGAGAAAAGAGCUUAGGAAGGGAAGCCGGCAUCUGGGGUCCCGGUCAGAUAAGUCUCGUGGGUAGCCAAGCAGGGCUACGCUCUUGUCCAACUCAGCCAUGGCGCGUCCACUCAACAUGGACACCCUUCAGCAGAACUUCUGGAAGGAAGAAUAUGGGAAGGAGAUCAUGCUCCGUUUUGGCUGGCACCAGAAGUACGGGGCCUUGGUCAAAGCUAAGCAGGAGAGCCUACGCGAACGCCGCAAGAAAGCAGAAGACACCACCCUCCGCCUGCCCUCCGUCCGCCCCCCGCCCCCGGUCAAACCCAGCUCUCCCCCUCCGCCCCUCCCUCCUCCCCCACCCAAGCUGAUCCAGCCGCUGGCUCGGCAACGCGACCUGACCGGACUGGACAAGGCCCUCCUGGAGAUGGAGAUGAAGCCGGCUCCCCGCGAAGUGCGCAACCUUCUCUACCAAGGUAUCUCCCACGAGGACGAAGGACGUUACCACUACUUGAAGCUGCGCCUCCUCGUCCCGCCGGAGGAGAAAUACACUUUCCCCAUCACCACCAACUUCACCUACGGCUGGCAGAUGGGGAAAAUGGCCGCCUCCCACGUGGCCCCCACGGCCAAGACCCGCACCGACAGCUUCUUCCGAAAGAACGGCGCCUUUUCUCUGCUGCAUCCUCGGGAUGUGGCCCUUUGAGUGCCAAUUUCACAAAAAAAAAACAAAAAACGAGACUAUGUGAUUACUUUGCUGCCCGUCUCCUUCCUUGGCCGGUAUCUAAGGUGGCUUCAGGAUGAUCUAGAACAGGGGUGUCAAAAACUCAAUUUCAUUGAGGGCUGCAUCAGGGUUGUGUUUGACCUCAGGGGGGCCGGGGGCGUGGCAGGCGUGGCCAGCUUGAUGUCACUCAUUGAGGCUCUGCUUUUGGCCGCGAUGGCCUCCCGCAGUCCUCUGCCAGCGA